AUCAAGUCAGGCAGUAAGUACAAAGUAGGGGAUUGAGUUCAGUUAGGGAUUAUUCCUGCAAACAAAACCCUUUCCAUUGGCUCUGCAAACAAAACCCACCACUGACUCUAUGGGGUCGCGGGCGACCCAAGUCGUGGCUUCUAAAGGCCCUACCGCCGACCAUCCCCCCUCCUUUUCCUUCGUUAGCGGCACCCUCCGCCCGCGGCAGAGCUCCUCCGACCGACCUCCUCUAUCCUCUGCUACUUCGGUGUUUCCCUGUCAGCGAUUAGCUGCUUCCGUGUUUCUUCUACGUUUCUGACGCCGGCCCCUCCCCCUGGUCGCCUCUGCUCAUCGCCGGCUCUGAUCCUUCGCCGCCUCCUCCCCGUAUUCGCCCCUUCCCAGCCCCCUGCCCGUAUUCGCUCUUGCCGACCUCCUGGCCCGUCGCUGCUUCCUGGUCGUCGCCGGCUCCUGCCCCUCUGCCCUUUACACUGUGCCGUCUCCGCCUCCAGCCCCUCUCAAGACUCCUGCCAAAUUUAAUCAGUAGAGCUUGUACCUUUGCAGUGCGUAUAUCCAACCGAACCUUUUUGAGAAGAGUGGAUCAAAUCAGGCUCCUUAUUUUUCGAAUAUGAAAAUAAUAAAAGCCAAUGAUGGUCCUCUUACAAAUUUUGAGUUACUGGACUAUCUGCGGUCAAGAGGGGCUUCCAAGGAGGUUGCCGUCACAGUUACCCCAUCAGAGUAUAAGGUUUUUGAGUAUUUGGUCGAGACUGCUGCAUGCGAUCAGACAAGAGAGCGUGUGACUGACUUUGUGCAAAAGGUCAAGACAUACAACCUUGCAAAGGCGGAAGUGCUUAACAUAAUAAACAUCAGACCUCCAUUACCUGUUGGAAUUUUCACGAUUGUGGAGAAUUGUGACACUCGUUUGGGUGAAGCCGCAGCUGAAGAGCUUGCAGAGAUGGUCUCUGAAACUUUGCCACCUCCUCCAGCGCAGCCAGAGAUUCAAGAUGCUGACCAGCCGGAAGGAGCUAUAGCAGAUGGCGAUCCACAACCAAUCGCUGAUCCUGAUGGAGAAGCAGCUAAAGCUGGGGCUGGAGGGGCUGUUGACGGUGGAGACGAUAUGGUUGAAGAUGGGAACUUGGGGGAUGCAAGUUGAAGGAUUUUCUUUGCUCAGAUAUCCAUUUAUAGAACGUCAAAUCACAUCUCCAACAUACAAAGCCCGGGCCAAAAGAAAAUUUUGAAGUUGUCUAUCAUGGUUGGGGCUCCAUCUGUUCAGAAAUAUUCCAAAAAUUCAUAAUUUUUUUGUAGUUAUCAAGCUCCUGCUAGCUAGCUAGACUGCUUAGGCCAUUGAUGCAGCGAGGAUACGAUGCUGUGAGGAUAUAAAGGAUUUCUGAAUGACGCAGGUGAGCCAAGCCAAGCUACUAAUGGGUUAUUCCCGGGCAAUUUGAAGGCUCGUUUGUUUUAUAAGUAAGAUUUUAAAAUCUUAUUUUAA